GUAUUCCAUUUUGUAUUUUUUUUUUAUGAUCUUUCACAAACAAAGAAAACCAUAUAAGAAAAAUCAAGAAAAUCAUUAACGCUUAGGAAUGUCAGAAUCUGUAAAAGAUAGAUAUGCAGUGGUAACAGGAGCAAACAAAGGGAUUGGAUUCGAAAUCUGCAAACAACUGGCUUCAAAUGGGGUCAAAGUAGUGUUGACUGCCAGAGAUGAAAACAGAGGGAUUGCGGCACUCGAGAAAUUCAAAGGGACCGGUAUUUGCGAUCUUGUUGUGUUUCAUCAGCUUGAUGUGUGUGAUCCAGCUAGUGUUGCUUCCUUGGCUCAGUUUGUGAAAGACCAAUUUGGAAAGCUUGAUAUCUUGGUUAACAAUUCUGCGAUCGGUGGGGCUAUGGCAGAUGAAGACGCUUUGCGGGCUUCAGCAACCCCUGGUAAAGAGAAUACCAUAAAUAUGACCGAUUGGAAAAAGAUAUUGACGGAGAGUCAUGAGUUGGCUGUACAAUGUAUACAAACAAACUACUAUGGAGCAAAGAGAAUGAUUGAGAAUUUCACCCCUCUUCUUGAAUCAUCAGAUUCCCCAAGGAUCGUUAAUGUUUCAUCGUCCAUGGGAAAGUUAAAGAAUGUGAGAAAUGAAUGGGCUAAAGGCAUUUUAAGCAUUGUUGAAGACCUAACAGAAGAGAAAAUAGAUGAAGUGCUUGAUGCAUUUCUGAAUGAUUUCAAAGACGGAUUGCUAGAACCCAAAGGGUGGCCUACUUUUAUGUCAGCAUAUAUCCUCUCGAAAGCAGCCAUGAAUGCUUAUACAAGGAUUUUGGCCAAGAAAUACAAAAACUUUUGCGUAAACUCGGUGUGUCCAGGCUUUGUCAAAACAGAUUUGAACUAUAACAGAGGCAUACUAAGUGUCGAAGAUGGUGCAGCAACUCCAGUUAAGGUAGCAUUAUUUCCCGAGGGCGGUCCUUCUGGGUGCUUCUUCGAUAGAAAUGGUGUCACAUCCUUCGAAUGAUCGAAUAUAUGUGUUUCGUAUGCAUGAUUUUACAAUUGUGUGUUUAUAUAUGACUUUUACUUUACGGGGAUGAAUAAUGGUUAUUGUAAGCACUUUAAUAAAAAUCAUAAUAUCUAUCUACUACUAAGUGAAUAUUGUAUCUUUA